UUCUUCCUCCCCAGACAGACCGAACUACCCCAAUCCCUCCUUACUGCCUUCAACCAUCUAUGGUUGUUCUGGGCAGGACCUGUCUAUUAACAACCUUGUCUCGGAAGUGCAGAAACUGAACCCUUGGGGGAAGUUCUGGAUUGAUCAUCAGCACAAUCUAUUUCACAAACUACGCCUCAGGGCCACUGGACUUAAGCAACUUCUGUCAUUUCUUAUCCUUCCUCUAUUGCCUGUCACUCUGCUUCCCAUCCCCCACCCCACUGAGGAACUUUGUUUCCCACCCCAUCCAACUUCUGAGACCCAGGGUCCUUGGACCACUUGAAGGUUGAUCAUCAUCACUUCCAGAUGAAUUCUGGCUCCAGGUGGCAUCUGUGGAGAGCGAAGAACUUCUGAAACCGUCCCACUGACUUAAGCAGGACCCGGGUCUUGACCAAGACUCCAGGGAACCGCGGAAGGAAAACCAAAGACAGAAAGGACGCUGGCUGGUCGGGACAAGUUCCGAGUUAGCUCAGCACGAACACAGCCCGGGGCGCCGGCUCUCCGUCCUCAGCGCGCCGGCAGGGUGUGAGGUGAACUCCCCUGCCCCGCCGAUCCCCGCCGAUCCCGGCCUCGGACGCGGGCCGCAUCCACCCCACACCACCUCACCCCCGGCCGCAGCGCCUAGCCAGCCUGCCUAGCAACCCCGCGGGCGCCGCAUUCCGCCCCGCCCACCACCUACCUGUGCGCCUGCGCCCCCGCGCUCUCAAGGUCGACCCCGCCCCCAUCCCACCCCAGCCGGGCCCCCACGGAAGUGGCUGGAGAGAGCACGCCUUGCGUCUCCUCGUCUCUGCACGGCGCGGGGUCGCCGGCGGUCAGGAGGGGGAGGGACUUCCUGUCCCGCGCGGGCAGGACUUCCGGCAGAGCCGGAAGACCCCGUUCUUCCCCCGGCGGCUUGGAGAGGUCCGUUCUGCCUGCAGGACCGGGAGAGGACCUCGAGGACGCUCCCGGCGGCGCGAGCGUGCGCGUCUCCCGACCUCUCCCUGGCGUGAUGGGUGUGAUAGGUAUACAGCUGGUUGUUACCAUGGUGAUGGCCAGUGUCAUGCAGAAGAUUAUACCUCACUAUUCUCUUGCUCGUUGGCUACUCUGUAAUGGCAGUUUGAGAUGGUAUCAGCAUCCUUCAGAAGAAGAACUAAGAAUCCUUGCAGGGAAGCAGCAGAAAGGAAAGAACAAGAAGGACAGAAAAUACAAUGGUCACAUUGAAAGUAAACCACUAACCAUUCCAAAAGAUAUUGACCUUCAUCUAGAAACCAAGUCUGUUACAGAAGUGGAUACUCUAGCAUUGCAUUAUUUUCCAGAAUACCAGUGGCUGGUUGAUUUCACAGUGGCUGCUACCGUCGUGUACUUGGUAACUGAAGUCUAUUACAGUUUCAUGAAGCCUACACAGGAAAUGAAUAUCAGCCUAGUCUGGUGCCUCCUGGUUUUGUCAUUUGCAAUCAAAGUUCUAUUUUCAUUAACUACACACUAUUUUAAAGUAGAAGACGGUGGUGAAAGGUCAGUUUGUGUCACCUUUGGAUUUUUUUUCUUCGUUAAAGCAAUGGCAGUUUUGAUUGUAACGGAGAAUUACCUGGAGUUCGGACUUGAAACAGGGUUUACAAAUUUUUCAGACAGUGCGAUGCAGUUUCUUGAAAAGCAGGGUUUAGAAUCUCAGGGUCCUGUUUCAAAACUUACUUUCAAAUUUUUCCUGGCUAUUUUCUGUUCACUCAUUGGGGCUUUUUUGACAUUUCCUGGAUUACGGCUGGCUCAAAUGCAUCUGGAUGCCCUGAAUUUGGCAACAGAAAAAAUUACACAAACAUUACUUCAUAUCAACUUCUUAGCACCUUUAUUUAUGGUUCUGCUCUGGGUAAAGCCAAUUACCAAAGACUACAUCAUGAACCCACCACUGGGGAAAGAAAGUGUCCCUUUAAUGACAGAAGCCACAUUCGAUACUCUGCGAAUCUGGUUAAUAAUCCUGUUAUGUGCUUUGCGGUUGGCCAUGAUGCGAAGUCACCUGCAAGCAUAUUUAAACUUGGCCCAGAAAUGCGUAGAUCAAAUGAAGAAAGAAGCAGGCCGAAUAAGUACAGUUGAGCUACAGAAAAUGGUGGCUCGAGUCUUUUAUUACCUUUGUGUCAUUGCCCUGCAGUAUGUGGCCCCUCUGGUAAUGCUGCUUCACACAACUCUGCUUUUGAAAACACUAGGCAAUCAUUCCUGGGGGAUUUAUCCAGAAGCUGUCUCUCCCUUGCCAGUGAAUAACCUCCCUUCCAACUCUGAACUACCGUCAGCUGAUGGGAAGAUGAAGGUGACUGUUACACAAAUCACCGUGGCACUGAGCAGCUUAAAAACCAUCUUCACCCCCCUCCUUUUCCGGGGACUUCUGUCGUUUUUGACAUGGUGGAUUGCAGCUUGCCUCUUUUCCACAAGCCUUUUUGGGCUUUUCUAUCAUCAGUAUCUGACAGUGGCAUGAAUUUCAGUCAAAAACAGAUGUCCAAGUCACACUUCAAAUUCAAAUGGUUGUGCCCUUGAAGGGUUGACAAAAGAAGAAUGCAAAUACGAAGGAGAAAAAGAAUUAUUGGAGUGUCUUGUUUUCAGUGCUUCCUCUGUACUCUCAGGGUGAAUCCAUGUUGUGAUAUUUAAAAAUCCCAGGAUAGGUUGUUACACUGUUACACUGUGGCAUUGGAAUUUUAACUCACUGUAUUAACUAGUGGGAGAGGGCUAUCUGCAGGAGUGAUCCUUCUGAUUACCUUGGUUUACAGUGCAAACCUCCAACGGACUCCUAAGACUCCAGUUACUGGUUACUCUUCAUGGUGUUGUGGUACUGUUAUUACUAAGUUGCUGCCUAUAGAACAAUCUUCAAACUGAGCCAUGCUCUAGGGGAGGGAAAGGAACUAAACUCACUUCUGUUGGUAAUCUAUUAGUCUUUAAACAAACAAA